ACGUAGACAAUUGUGUGAUAGACUAGCUUCUGAUCAAAAGAAGUUUAAGCGAGCCCACGAAUGCUCGGUUGACAGCGUCUCUUGUCAAUGACGUCAUCAGAGCGGCGCCAGUUUUGAAUUGUAAAUACUGUAAACGGAGGAAAAUUAAUACGUUAAACUGACUCCGGGUUCAUUCUAAUUUGUGUCUUUCAUAAAUCGUUUUGUUGAAAGAGACAACGGAGCGCAUCACACUAAAACGAAGUACAUUUUGCUGCGUAUCGUUAAGGUUUUAAUACGUUACAGUGCCAAUAUUAAGUUACAUAUUUGCUCAAAAAUAAGUUACAGUAAAUUCUGUUGCUCAAUAAAAAAUAGCUACUCUCUGUCUUAUGUAAAGUUUUGUGUGUGUUCAAAUUUUACGCAGUUAUAGUACUGGGCAGUGGUACACAGAAACAGUUGGUUGAUUCAGUCUGUCAUUAACAGAGCGUCACUAAUCUACUUGUUGAUCCGCUUAUCGGUCUGCCGUGAAUGUAUACUACAGUGAGUUUGAAACAAUGGAGACAAAAACAAAACAGCCUUAAAAAAUGACAUACAGGUAUUUGGAAACCUUAACGAUAUUCAAGAAAAGAAUUACACAAGGAUUAAAGAGAAUGUAAAUUCAGAUUUCUGCUGGCGAGAGAGAAUUCAGCGUUAGUGCACAGCCUAUGCACAAUGGAAGGACACCAGCUAGGAAGAUUGAUCAAACAGGGUCCAAAGAGUGGAUCUGCUAGAACUAAAAGAGUGGCAAUGGUACAGAGCAAUCUGGGCUUUCCUGCUGAUAAUGUGGAUGAGCUCCUGGGGUUUCUUUCAGAGUCUCGCUGGGAACAGCAGUCUAACCUGCAGUAUUCACCUUGUAAACAGAAGCUUGAUAGCAUCAAAUGUAAGAGCACCAGCUCAGCCAUUGCCUCUGACCUGAUACUAAAGCAGAGGAAUUUGAACAGCCGUGCUGAAAUGCCGCUGCAUUAUCCCCAGGGCACAGGAGGGAGGAAGACUCCAAAAAAGCCUUAUCAAGACAAUGUACGCAAUGCAAGCUGCAUCAGGGUAAGACAAAAUGCCGGUCGUCAGCGCCUUGAAGGAUUUACAUCUGCCGCUCGUUUUUGUGAAUCUGAUGCUGGUACAUAUCAGUUUCAUAAUCAAGCUAGUGUUCAGAGGACAUCAAGGAAACACGUCUUGCAAGAGGUGGAUCAGGAACCUGCUUUUCAAAAGAGCGGUGUGCAAGUUCAGAGGAAUUUACAAAGCCGCAAAGCACUGGAAAGGCCACAGCCCAGUCACAUUAGUGAUGCUACACUCUGCUCCAGUUUCUAUAAAUCUUCAAGCCAGAAAGAGCCACAUGGUGGGGGUGGUGGUAUUAACUAUCUGCAGUUCCCUCUUACUCUGGAUGAUUUAGCUCCAAUUUGUCAUUUGUCAACAGAAGAACGGUCCACCACACUGCAAGCUAUAAUUGAGUCAUCUUGGACUUCUGCAAGCUUACACAGGUCAAUGAUGGACUUUAGAGAUCAGGAUUACCAACCGGAAUCUGAGUGUGCAGGGCCACAAUCAUCUGGUUCUUUCAGAGCGUUUCCUUCCUGUCAAACUACCAGUUCUUUAUUGGAUCCGGGUGCUAUUAGGAACACACUGCAAAGCGAAAAUAAUGAAAGUUACACAGCCCAGAUAUCCUGCUCUGUUGUCCACCAUCUAGGGGAAGGAGAAGGACAUUAUCCAGCAAGUAAGCUAGCUACCAGUUUGGGUAGAGGCAUGUAUGUAAAAAGGGAUGCCUGUAUUACCGAACCUUUGCACCCGCAUAGCAGAUUUGUGAACUUUGAUCAGUCUUUUCCGUCUGAUUCAGAAUCCUACGCAGAACGGUUCAAUUUCCCAGACAGUACUGUUGCUGUGUCCCUAGUAGCAUCAAUAGAACCCCUCCAAAGUCAGAAAAAAUGUAUUAUUAAUCAGCAUGGACGAAAUGCAGAACGAUAUUUUGAUAAUGAUCCUGGGGUUAUUGAUUUAUUGGCUGCUCAAGGAGCAAAUAGGUCAGAAAACACAGUUUUUCCAAAAGGACCCCAAAGUUUUAAUACCACUGCACGAGAUGCAUUUUUAAGAAGGCAUGCAGAUUCUCUUCCCUCGUCAUCCUUAAUACAGCAUCACCGGGUAACUAUGGAGGAGUUAAGGUGCACAAAACUUUCUUUAGAUCCAGAUAUAUUCAAUUGUAGAUCAGCUAUGGAAAACUCUGAUCUUUGUAAUAUAAAGAGAAGUAACGAAAUAGAGAAACUCAACACUGAUAUAUGUGAGGAGUCUCAAUUGAAGGGUCAAUUAAGGCCAGAACGAGAGACGAGAGACAAAAUACAGUCUUCUGCGGCAGGAAAAGAUCCGGAGAGACAAAGCAGGAAUGACAGACGGGUUGUUGUCGAGCAGGAUCAAAGGGCUUCAGGCUCUUCAUUAAUCAGCUCGCAAGCGUUUGAAGAAAGUUACGGUUUCAGCAGAGAUGACAACGGAGCUGAGAGAAGGAGUGAAGGCGGUAUGGAGAGAAGUGUUGGGUCAGUAGCUCAGGAGCCCUUGAAGUCUUCCGAUCCAUCAGUGAUACAUUGCCUUGAUCCUGUUGAAAGAACAGAAGAAAGCUUGAUGAAAGUACACAGACACAGACUUCUUGCCAAAUGUUUUAAUGCUUGGAACAGCUUUGUCAGAUUGAAAAAUGCUGCAGGCAGACGUGUGCAUGAAGGACAGGUACUGCAUAAGGGGCUGGUUGCCUUGAACUGGGCAGUGGCAGUGCGACACAUGCGGGCUGACACAAUUGCAUCUAGGAGGAAGACUGGAAUGUUAUCUCAGGUCUUUAAACAGUGGAAAGCUGCAUUCGCUCACAGAUAGAAGCUUGUGGAAAGUACAUGUGAUUGUGAUUUGGGUCUGGAGGCUCUGAGGAGACGCCUGAUUCAGCCGAGUGAUCAGCUCGUUCUGAGGACUGCGUACUGUGUGUGGAGGAGACAGGUCACAGGCUCACGAAUACACAGGGCUGCUCAAAUACACUACAAUAUUCAUUUCCCCUCUAGCUGGCAUCCGAUGUGCUAAUGGAAUUCUCCAUUGCUGAUGCAAUGGAAGUGUUUGUUUACUCUCGGGAGUUGAAGCCCUACCCCUUCUAACAUUACCAGUCUGACGCUGUUGUGGAGGCACUGGUUAGUGUGGAGGCAGCUCAGGAUAAGGAGGAAUGCACAAAGGCAACAGACCUUGGCCCUCGUUUACAUGGAAAGCAGUCUGAAAAGAAAGGCCUUUACAGUCUGGACAGCGAUGAUGUACAAAAACUGCCUUGCCCACAGUCAUUAUAGGUCCCACACAUUGUCUACUGUGUUUAGAGUUUGGAGGGUGCAACUGCUCUACGUUCAAGCUGAGAGGUCCAAACAAGACCGGCUGAGCCGUGAGUUUCAGAACACAACGCUGCUCAAACAGAGUUUUCAACACUGGAGAAUUAAACUCGCAGUCCAUCACAUGCAGCUAAGAAGACAACAGAGAAUAACCAGGAUAACAGCUCAUCGCUGGCUCCAGAUUGUACAGCAGAGGAAACUUGAGGAUCUACGCUUGAGAGCAAACCAGCUGCAGAAUAGGAUGAGACUAGCAGCUGCCUUUAGGACAUGGUGUGAACUAAAGGCUGCUGCAGAGACUGAGCAAGCAGGAGAGGAGGAAGGGCGCCAUCUACUGGGCAAGAAAAAGAUGCAGGUUGUGUUUACAACCUGGCACCUGUGCUGUCAGGAAAGACAGAGACUACAGCCACUGCGACUGCAGAUACAAAUAAGACAAUUGUCAGGUUGUUUUGAGGCAUGGCGCAGGUUGGUGCUUCAGAAGUCGCUGUCCCGCUCUCGUGUGGAUGAACUUCAGAGGCAGGCAGUGAGGCAGUGCUUCCAGCACUGGAGGAGGCUGCUGCAACUCCACUGGCAGCACAAGACGUUCCUCAUGCGUGUGCUUGAAGACAGGCGACAGCGGGCCAGGGAAACAUGGAAAGAAUGUGAGAAGAAUCAAGAUGACUGCUGGGCAGUGGGGCUUCAUCAAAGGCGUGCUUGCCGUGGAGUGGAUGAGUUAUCUGAAGAUUUAGUACUUCAAAGAGCCCUUCUGAAAUGGAAAGGGGAAUGCUGUAAACUGCAGCUGGCCAGCUCGUUUUUCAGGGCUCGAGAAAAACACAGACUGCGGCAGAUCUUGAGUGGGUGGCACAGAUGGGCAGAGCAGUCUUUAGAGGGCAAAGUCCAGAGGUUUGGUGCCAGACUGGAGCAGGACCUGAGCAGAACAGUGGCAUUGCCGUUCAUAGAGGAGUCCUCAAUAUCUUCAGGUUUCCACAGCAACUCCCCCGUCUGUCUCUCCCUAGACGUAUCUUGCAGUUCUGCGGAACAGGCGGACCAGGAGGUAAGUUAUGAGCGCACAGAUUUAAAGGCUUGCCGGAUCGUAUCCAGAGGAGAUGUUAUGAAAAGGGAGCCUCAGGUUGACCUGUCAGAGAGUUCCCUGGAGCAGGAGGAGUGUGAAGCCCCUCUGCAGACUUCCUCUCCCCUGCACAGUCCCCAGCAUGGGAUGGAAAUAGCAGACGGGUUGCACCAGGCUGUUGACGUCUGCUCAUUUUCGCAGUCAGAACAAAGCGCAAUGACUCUUUACCACAGCAGACACCAGAGAUUAAAGGGCCUGUGUCAUUGUGCUGUCGUCAGGAUGAUGCACCCAUCGCUCAGUGUCUCUUUCUACCAGUGGAUGGAGUACGUGGUGAUGCGCCGAGCAGAGAGGCUUCUGAUUGGAGACUUUAAGGAACGCAAGAACCAGUCUGUGAUGAUCUGGGCAUUUGAGACCUGGAAUGAAAAAAAGAGAUCAAUAGUCAAAGCUAGGAAGCACCAGGAUACUGUGCUACAGGUUCAUGUUAUUGCUGUUUGGAAAAGUUUAGUGUCGGCGCAAAGAAGCAAAGAAGGACUACUGAAACAGGCAACUCGGUUCCGAAACUUCCACUUGUUAAACAUGAGCUUCAGAACAUGGGAAGAGCAGAAGAAGAACUUGAAAGUGAUCCGUCUCCGUGCCUCAGAGCUGUACAGGACGGAGAGAAUGGGGGAUUGGCUACAGAGGAAACUGGAGAGACGAAGAGUACAGCAAGGCUUUGCACUCUGGGCAGCACAAGCAUGGCAGGCACACAACGUGAAGCUGUACCACAGGAACGCCCAGUUAACAAGAGUGCUUGUAGCUUGGCGUGAAGUGACCAGGGCUGCGCUGUUACACAGAGACAAGGUGGUCUUGUUUCAGACACACACAGAACGAAGGCUUCUCGCCUCGUGCUUUACUCAGUGGAUCACAAACCUCCAGAUUGCACAGCAAAGGCAAAUUGCUCUGGAGCGUAGUCUAAUCAAGCAGCAGAACGUUCAGAGAGCAACUGUGAUGCAGAGGUGGAAACUGGCCACAAGGGGGAGCCAAGCGCACAGAAUACACAACACGGCUUUGCUGAAACAGGCGUUUGAUCAGUGGAAGGAAGCGGCAGAGGCUGCCAGGAUUGCUGAACAGCGUUCAAGGGAAAAGGAGAAGAGAAGAUUGAAGCUGUUUUAUAGUUCCUGGUCAAUCUGGGUUAAAGAAAAUAAAGAACAAAGAUUGAAGAGUGAAGUCUGGAGAUUUCACUGGCAGAAGAGGAGGAUGCACCAUGCCUUCCAUCAGUGGAUUACAGCACACAACAACCAAGCAGAAGCAGACACACUCUACCAAACACACCUCUUGCAGAGGCCCUUUCUCAAAUGGAUGACUGUGGUUCAGGAGCAAAAGCAGUUUUCCAUUGUGGCGGUCCGUAGAAUCGGCACCUUGCAAGUGAAGGCAGCGUUUAAUACCUGGAGAUCACGUCUGGAGAUGCAUCAGGCCCUGGACUCCCACCUUCAGAAAGCAAGACAGAGGACUCUGAGGACUGCAGUGAGAUCCUGGCAUCAUCAGGUUCUGUCAAGUCAAUGUCGCGCCAGGUACCUUUGCAAGAAGUAUUACUGUCGCUGGACUCGGGUAGUCUCCCUAGGCACGCAAAGGGAUUCUGAGGGUGUACUGCACACUCGAACCGAGGAGAAAUGCAGGCGUGAACUGGGUGAAAAGUACUUGAAGAAGUGGCGCUGUGCAGUUCUCCUAAAGCGGUUUCAGAGGACGCAGAGCAGUCAGCGGACAGAACGGACCUGGGAUCAGUGGAGAAGCCUGACUGGAGCAGUGCAGUUCAUCAACAACAUGUGUGAGCACAGGCUGCUGGAGAAAGCUUGGAUGAGAUGGAGAAAGAGGCGCAUACAGGUGAAGGUGUCCCAAGCCUUUUCAGCUCAGCAACACAUGGCCCUGUUAUCUGAAGUCUUCACAGCUUGGCGUCAAGUGGCCCUUUCCCAAAAGGAAGACAGAGGAAGGGUAACAUGAGCCUGUGAUCACCUCAGGGGGAGGGUGCCAGAGCUACAAAGCUAGGCAUAAAGACCUUGAUGCACAGACAAUCUACACGUCACAAAGCCAUAUGUGAACUGUUUACACUCGUGCUAUUCCUAUCUGCAGUGGGCUGUUCGGUGGCAUGUUGCUCUUGUGAAGCUGAUUACAUAAGAACAUUGAUUCCCAAGAUUACAAAACGAAUGGGAAAGCAGCCGACUCCCCUUUCACCUGCAGCACGUAUUGAAAGUGUGUUUGUUUCCAACCUGGCAGCAUCUGUUGGAUUAAGAACUCUGUGACUCCUUGCCUGGUAUUCCUGGUUUGAAGGGAAGCAGUUAGAGCAAGAACAGGCUUUGGGAGCGUGAGGGGACAACAGCAUUAAGCUCACACUGCUGCUUAAAUUGCUGGUAUUGAACAAUUUAGAAGUCUUUUUUUUUUCUCUCAAGCACAUAACAGUAACAGUAUAUAUAUAUACUGUACACAAUAUUUAUAUUAUGUUUUUAAGUCUUUAUUUUGUAUUUUAAAUAGCUAAAAACAAAGCUUUUUAUUUAAAACAGAAUCUUUUCUUACAAAUAAAGUUGCAUUCUGACUU